CAAUAAAGGCCCUUGCAGGAGCCAGUAUUCGAUCGCAUCUGGUCUACCCUGGAGCUAAUUGGAUCCAACCACAUCGCUUCGUCGAAGUGUAUCAGUAUCCCUGCAGUUGCUCUUCCUCCCCGAUAUGGCAGCGUACCCACCUUUCGCGCCUCCAAAUGGUGCAAACUUCACUCAGACGAUCCACAACGACACGUACCCUUUCAUUGAUUCCAGAGCCAAAUCGAAUCAUACGGGAAGGGCUGUUUUCGUUUCUGGAGGCAAUCGUGGGAUCGGGAAAGCGAUUGCCAUAUCAUUUGCUCAAUCUGGGGCGUCUUUCAUUGGGCUAGGAUGUCCUGACGGCUUUGGGGAUCCUCCUGUCAACAUUGAGAUCGAAAAUGCCGCGAAGAAAUACGGAAGACCUCCUCCCACAGUUCUCCUGCUCCAUUUGGACGUGACGGAUGAUGCGUCAGUUGCAGCCGCAGCCGCCAAAGUGCACGAGUCUUCACCCAGGCUGGACGUCUUGGUGAACAACGCCGGGUUCAUGACACCGGCACUGCCCAUAGUGGAAGCCAACAACGAUUCGUGGUGGAAGACGUUUGAAGUCAAUUUAAGAGGAAUCUUCCUCAUGUGCAAAUAUUUUACACCCCUCUUGACUUCGACGCCGGACGGCCUGAAGACACUUGUCAAUGUCAACUCUGUGGCAGCGCACAACCUCCGCCCCGAGGCGAGUGCAUAUGGGACCUCCAAAUUCGCCGCCUUGAAGUUCACCGAGUUUCUACUGGUGGAACAGAGGAAACAGGGACUGAUCGCUUUCUCGGUGCAUCCUGGCGGGGUCAUGACGCAGCUGGCCGAAGCAAUGCCUAAACAAACACACGCGACUUUUACGGACAGUCCGUCAUUGGCCGGGGACACUAUCGCCUUUCUCACUUGCGAAAGACGGGAAUGGCUCGCCGGGAGGUAUCUAAGCUGUACGUGGGACAUGGAGGAGCUGCUUUCGAGGCAGAAAGAGAUAGAGGAGGGUGACAAGUUAAAAGUGCGCCUUGUUCUGUAGUGCCAUUCCUGGCAGAAGUUACAGGUGGAAGGUGCUGCCGCGCCGGUCAACAGCACGAAAUAUG